GACUGUGAGUGUCGCUGCAGGGAAGAAGCGCCUGUGAACAGCAACCUCAUGAAGAACAGCACGAGCGCCUUAUGUUAAAUAGCAGAAGUUAUUAUUAUUAUUAUUAUUAUUAACACAACGCGGUAUGGUUUAUUAAAGUCACGCUGCUGAUCUCUGUAACGUGGUUUGGUGUAUUGUCUGAAGUGGAGUCAUGGCAGAAUUCUGGUUGAUCUCUGCUCCUGGUGAGAAGACCUGUCAGCAGACAUGGGAGAGAAUGAAUGCAGCCACCACUCGCGCCAACAAUCUGUCCACCAACACCAAGUUCACUAUUCCAGACCUCAAGGUCGGAACGCUGGAUGUGCUCGUAGGUUUGUCCGAUGAGCUCGCCAAACUGGACUCGUUUGUGGAAAGUGUGGUGAAGAAAGUAGCCCACUACAUGGCUGAUGUUUUAGAGGAUAGCAGAGAUAAAGUCCUGGAAAAUCUUUUGGCCAAUGGAGUUGAUUUAAUGACCUACAUCACAAGGUUCCAGUGGGAUAUGGCCAAGUAUCCGAUCAAACAGUCCCUGAAGAACAUCUCCGAAAUCAUCUCGAAGCAAGUGACUCAGAUAGAUUACGAUCUGAAAGCCAGAGCUUCAGCUUACAACAGUAUAAAAGGCAACCUGCAGAACCUGGAGAGAAAAAAUGCGGGGAGUCUUCUGACCAGAAGUCUAGCUGACCUUGUGAAGAAAGAGGAUUUCGUCCUGGACUCGGAAUAUCUUAUAACUCUGCUUGUCGUCGUUCCAAAAACAGGUUUUACGGACUGGGAGAAGUCGUAUGAAACCCUCUCGGAGAUGGUGGUUCCACGCUCUUCACACCUGCUUUUUGAAGACCAGGACAGUGGGCUCUUCAGCGUCACCCUCUUUCAAAAGGCAAUAGAUGACUUCAGACUCAAAGCCAGAGAAAAUAAAUUCAUUGUGCGUGACUUCCAGUACAACGAAGAUGAGCUGAAGGCCGACAAAGAGGAGAUGACUCGGCUCUCUACAGACAAGAAGAAGCAGUUUGGCCCACUGGUACGGUGGCUGAAGGUGAAUUUUAGUGAAGCAUUCAUCGCAUGGAUUCAUAUCAAGGCUCUUCGGGUUUUUACCGAAUCAGUUUUGAGGUAUGGCUUGCCAGUCAACUUCCAGGCCAUGCUUUUGCAGCCCAGUAAGAAAAACAUGAAAAAGCUGCGUGAGGUCCUCCAUGAGCUUUACAAACAUCUGGACAGCAGUGCUGCUAUUAUUGAUGCGUCCAUGGAUAUACCGGGUCUGAACCUGAGCCAGCAGGAAUAUUACCCCUACGUAUAUUACAAGAUUGACUGCAGCCUUCUUGAUUCUAAAUAAAACCACACCAUCGUGUUUUAAUUUCAUGUUCAGGCGAAUGUUUCAGAACUUUUGAGCUAAGCGUGUCCCCCCCCCCCCCCCCCCCCCCCCAAUAAUUACUUUGAUAUUUGAGGUUUAAUUUAGUAACUGUAUACGACAGUAUGAGGUUUAUAGUGGAGGUUAUUAGUAGCUAUUAAAGUCUUAAAACUGUAUGUUGGAAUUUUUUUUUUUUUAAACCUCCUCCUUUAGCUUUCAGAAAUGAUUAAAUGGACUCAACUGUAGUAAAAGCGCAAUUACUGUGGAUUAAAAAAAAAAAUCUUCUGGCUCAAAAAUACUCAACCAUUCCAUUAGUAUAUGAAUCGUAUUCUCUCUUUGUUCACUGUACCCUUCCUUCCACAGAUCGCAGAUGAUAAUGUCAAAUGAUAAUUAUAGAAUCCAGGGUUUUAGUGACGUUCUGGCUUGUGUGAUAUGUUUCUUGAUGGUGCACAUUUUUACACUGGAACAUUCUCAGCGUGAGCAUGACUGUCCUGUUUUGUCUCUUCCACAGUUCUCUAUAAAGGUGCUGUUUUGGUCAGGCUUUAAGUCGUCGUAUGACCAUUUGUGAUUCCUGCUUUAUCCGCACACACAUGUCUGUUUAUAGUGUCAGUAAUUGUGUUUGUGUUUCGUUUUGUUGUCUGAAGACUUGCUGUAUUCGUCGGUUUUGACCUUUGCCACUGCAUGAUAACGUGAUUGAUUAUGUGCUUUCGUGAAAUACCAAUAAAUGUUUCAAAACUUA